AUGCAUCCGUUCCCGCACCCGCAACCGUACCCCGCACCCCGCACCCGCAAUUUGCAUGUCGGGCACGUCGAGCACGUCGGGCACGUUGUACAUUGUCGUUCGCAUUGUCAUUGUCGUCAUCGUCGUCAUCAUCGUUGUGAUAAUCGUGGAUAUUUUGUCGUCUACUCUGUUUUUUCUUGCGUAUAUCAUUCGCUCCGUAACGUGUGUCGGUUCGCAUUAACGCAAGGAAAUGGCUGGAGAUAUCUCUGAAUUAACACAUUAUAAAUAUGUUGGUUCAAGACUUCUUUCUCCUAAAAUGCAUCGAUCACAAAUUCAAGAAGAACAAAGAUUUGAGGAGCCUGAAAUACGUUUAUCGCGAUUUCUAUAUGUUGGAAAGGAAUAUGCCAACUAUCAGCCUGGAUAUUGGUUUGUCCAUAAUUAUUUUAUAAUGAAAAAUGUUCCAUCUAUAGAAGAACUUGCUGGUAAUGAGAAAAAGCAACUGGUACCAAUAGAACUAAUCGUAAAAGCAUUUGAAAGCAAUCUUGUUCCACAUCCAGAAACUUUGGUAUUUGCUCUCGCUGUUUGCUGUAGGCAAAACAAAAGCGAGAUGUUGCGUAAUGUGGCAUACAAUAAUGUAGCAAAGAUCUGUGCAUCUACACAGGACUUCAUCUUGUUUAUUAAAUUUGUCUCCAAAUUGUGCAAAGAAAAAGAGUUGAAUUUUAUUACACAAGGCUGGGGUCAAGGUUUGAGGAAAGCUAUAAACAAUUGGUAUCUUUCCAAAGAGCCAUUGGACCUAGCAAAAUGUGUCACAAAAUACAAAAGUAGAUAUGGUUGGAAGCAUAAAGAUAUCGUCAAGUUAGCUCAUCCUUCAACCAAUAGUCCAGAAAAAGGAGUGAUACUGAAAUAUAUAAUACAUGGCAUGGAAAAAACUAAAGCGGCUUUGGAAGAUCAAUCCGAGAAUCCGAAUAUUAACGAAAUAUUAAAAUACCUACAAAAUAUAGAAGACUUCAAACAUUGUGAAGAUGAGGUUCGAGCAGCUGCUUUACUGGAAAGAUAUGGUUACUCAUUACAGCACGUACCUGGACACUUGCUAAAAUCUAAGGAGGUUUGGAAUUCAUUGAUAUCGUCAAUGGAUAUCGUUACACUCUUAAACAACCUGCAAAGGAUUAGCAAUCUUGGAUUGUUAGAGUCGGGCGGAUUGGCAGUCGAGAAAAUAACGGAGCAGCUUGCUAAUGCAGAACAUAUAGCGCAAAGUAAAAUUCAUCCCGCAUUAAUUUACAUCACUCUAAAAAAUUACGAAAAUUGUGGAAAACCUUUGAGUUACGAGAAGCGAAAAGUCCAAGAAUCAGCAAAGAAAACUCUGCCGCCUGUACCUUAUCCGAAUAUCAAAGUAGUGAGCAUUCUACGCGAAAUGUUUGAUUUGUCAUUCGCUCAUCAACAACCCACGAAUUUGCGCUACCUAGUGACGAUUGGGAUGAACAAGCCGAUGUUGGAAGGACGCGCUUGGCAGAACGCUAAUAUGACUGGCGCUGAGACGGGCUGUCUAAUCGCGAUGAUGCUUUUGCGUUGCGAAACAAAUGUUACCGUAGCGACAUUUAAGCACGUUGGAGUUUAUACAGCAGACGUCGACAAGACGCAAUCUUGCAGCGACAUUUUGGCGACAUUAAAGAAAAUACCCGUUGCAGGUAUUAACCUGAGUAAACCAAUAUUAUGGGCCAUGAAGCAGAAGACGAAGUACGAUGUCUUUAUCAAUAUUGUGGAUCAAGUGUACGAAAAGUAUGACGAAUCUCAGAAAGCUCUCAUAUCGUACAGAGAUGAACUAAAACAUCCACAGGCAAAGUUGAUUAAUUGCAGCGUAUGCUGUUCCUCAACAUAUCGUAAGAUAAAUUGUGACAAAAAUAUCUUAACGAUCAACGGUUUCGACGCUACCGUACCUAUUAUCAUCCGGGCGUUCUCCCAAUCUUUGUUUUAAAUGUGAAUACACAUUAAAUUUUCAUUUGAUAUGAUGCAAGAAGUCGAGCAAAGAAAGGGAGUUUUUUUCUCUUAAAGCAUAUUUCGAUAUAAAAGUGCAGUAAUACAUUGUUUUGAUAGUUUUAAAAGCUGAUUAUAGUGAGAUUAAAUUGAUUUUUUUUCAAAAUCGAGUCGGAUUGACAAACAAACUAAUGUGAUGAAUAGAGAUGAAGGAAAGUUGCAAAAAGAGCUUUCAUCAAUUACUUAAAACAGUGGCAAAUUUUGAAAUCUUAAACAUCUCUGUUUUUUAUAAGUUUCGAACAUUGGCUUAUGUGUAUUUGCAUACAUAUAACUGAAUCAGAUUGUUUAAUUUUGCACAUGUCUGUUAAUUCAUUUAAGUUUUUAUGGAGAGAUAGUACAUUUUGAACUCUGUAGAAUACAGAGUAUUGCAAGUGAACAAUGAAAAUUAUCGAGAACGUACCGCAAGUAGCGCUGUGUAUUAUUAUUGGCCCACGACGAUGAUAUUAAAUUAUCUACAUGUUUUUAGUGUUAGGGAACAGCUGUGUAGUAUUUUUCUUUUUAUGAGUAAAAAAGAUUAAAUAGUUUUUACUCCGGAUUUGGAUUUUCGACGAUACUACUAUUUAAAGUAAUUCGGCGAUUUUACUUUUCGCAUACAUUGGCGCGCAAUAUUAAUUUGAUAAUCAUAUAAGCAAUAUAUAACUCAGUUACAUAUACUUUUUUAUUAAGCCGUUGCAUAUGAAAUCUUACUUUUUAUAUUUUAUUUUAUUUUAAUUAUAUAUUUGAAAUUUGUAAGUAUUUUUUUUCUAAAACAAAUUAAAAUCUUACACUAUCAUUUGUUGUAAAAUUGCUAUCGAGGAUAUGUUGCAUCGAAAAUAUCAUUGCUUUUUUCUGCUUUUUUCUUUUUCUAACAUCACAUUUAUAAAGAGAGAGAAAGCUACGAAAGAUUCUUUGAAUCUGAGUCAACUUUAACUUAAACUAUACUUAAUUUUUAUUUUUAUGAAAAUGAUCGAAAAGAACAUAGAUAUACCGUUACUUAUCUUCAAAGUUAUUUUUGUGAUGUAAGACAUUUUGAAAACCUUCGAAAGUUUUAUAUGCAACUGCAAUAAUCUUUGAAAAGUAAAAAAAAAAGGAAAAAGUACAAUUCAAUAGUCCUAUGUUCCAUAAUAGUGCAUUAUCAGAGACACACUACGCAGCGAAGUUAGGAUAAGACUGCAUAGCGGAUACGGAAACGCGUAUCUUAAGUAACAUAUGGUGCAUUUUUUGACUAAUAUGAUAAAAAAAAAAAAGAAAAAUCUUAUACUCUCUAAUAUUAUAUUACUAUAUUGCUUGCUUAAUACUGGUUGCCGGUUUACGCUUCUUUGUAAUAACGUGCGCGUAUCGAUAACGUGAUCUUAUUAGAAAAAAAAAAAGAAAAAACAAACAAAAGUUAACACGCUUCUGGUACCGGUGCGCUUCUGGACAGUUAAAAAAUAAUAAUCUAAAAUAAGUAAAACGAAAAAGACAAAAAAAAAAGAAAGUGAAAGAGGGAGGAGGACGGUGAUGAACAUAGGAACGUUGAAAAUUUUCCCACUGUGAUACGCAUUUAGCCCCAAAGAGUUAUAGACUUACAUUAGUAUAAUUUUACUGUUACUAUCUCAUAUUUGCCAUAUCCAAAGUGAAGACAAGCGAGAGACAAAUACUAAAUACAUUACUGAAUAAUAUACUGUGAUACGAGAUACAUUGUUGUUGUUCAAACUAGGGAAAUGAUAUUUAAGGCGACGCGGCCCAGAAGCGCACCGUAUAUUAUUAUAUUUGUUGAAUUUUAGUCACUAUGCGCGAAUGAAUUAACACGUGAAUUUUCUGUUGAAAAUUCUGUAUCUUUCGGCGAGCUCUUGAUCUACGAAUUAUCUUCUCGAGUUUUCCCCUUUCGGGUUUUCGCGUACGAAAAGUAUAUGUACCUCCUUCAUACCUAAUCGCUAAAAAGUACAGCGUGGAUGAACAUUCUCAGGUCUUUGAAACAAAUUUCAAUUAAGUGCUUAACUGUUCACCUGUUCUUUGCAGCUGUCUUCUUGAUAAUCUGUGGAUCAAAAGCUAUCAACAGCAAUUAUAACGAAUGAAUUUUAUUUCAAUACAACAAUUUUGGAUAGGAUGUAUAAGUAAAUUUCUCCCUUUUAAACGAUUUUAAACACUUUACUCCUCCAAUAUAAAAAAUAAUGUCAAAUUCUAAUUGAUUCUCUAAAGCUUGAAGUCUUACUUUUUUGCCGAAUUGGGAAAAAAAGUAAAAGAAAUUGAUUCUUUAUUAUUAUCUGUUGAAAAAGAUUUAUCCAUACAUCACAUUGAGAGAAUUAAUUAGCGAUAAACUAAGUUUCAAAAAAAGAAAGAAAGAAAAAAUGGGAAACCGAUUUUCUCUAUCAAUAUUUUAUCAAAAAAAUUAUAUAUUUAUUUGAAGACACGUUAUAUGCAGUGAUUAAAACAUAUAUAUAUAUAUAUAUAGAAAUUUCUUAUAUAGAAAUUUUAAACAAAAUUGCGUGUUUAUGAUUCAACGAAAGAAAAUCAUGAUAAAUUUAUUGGUAAGAUUCGUAUUUCUCAAAAGAAAAUUCACACAAAUGAUUGUUAAUCUCGGUUGCGCAGCGUUUUACCGAGAAUUUUGUAAUAAAUUAUAAUUUAUCAAAAGUAUCUAUAUCUUGUACUUUUACACAUUAUUUUUAAACUUGGUAUUUUGUGAGCAUUGCGCUCGGAGAAAUUAUUUAUACAUUUAUUGCGCGCGCACGCACACAUAUACAUACAUCUCGUGUUUAAAUCGUUCGGUGAGAGAAUUUCUAGCGCAUUUUUACGAAUGCGUAACUUUGUAGCGCGAGAGCAAAAAAAUUUGUUUUUGAAAAACGAAACGCGUCUAAUUACUGAAACGCUAGUUAGACGAGUUUAAGUAUAAUAUACACUACGCUACGUUCAUAUUAGUAGCUCAAUUGUAUUCACUGGCAUUAGCGAGUAGGCAUUACAUAGUAUUUGUAUAUGUAUGGGAGUGCGUCUCGCGAUCGGGGAGCGAUUUCGUCUAAGGGCUGCGUCUUCUUUUUUACAACAGACAUUUACAAUAAUCGACCAAUUUUAAUUCUAAAUUCAAUCGCCAAUAGCAAUCUUAUCAUAGUACAAGCAAAUCUCUUCUAUAAUCGUGUAUGUAUGUACAAUAUAUUACAAAAUUAUAUCAAUAUUAAAUUUAGCUAUAGAGUGUUCAAUACUUGAAGAUAGAUGAUGUCAUGAAAAAUUCGAAAAAUAUCCUAGAAUCGAAAUCCUUUCCGUUUGCGGUGUGCACGCAAAUAUAUGUAUUCAUUAAUAUUAUUAUAUAAGAAUACGUCCGCGAAGUAUAUGAUAUAUAGACUGGCGUAUAUGAAGGGAAAAAAAAAACGGAUAAAAAAAGAAAAAAAAAAAAGAAAAAGAAAGCAGUAGUAUAGCCAGAACUUGAAGGAAA